AUGCUUGCUGCUUUCCUAGCUCAGUUAGUUUCAGCAGAGAAUUGGGCUGUUAUUAUGGCAGGCUCAAAGACAUACAAGAACUAUCGCCAUCAAGCUGAUGCUUUUCAGAUGUAUCAAAUUCUUCGUUCAAGAGGAUUCAAGAAAGACCAUAUUAUCUUAAUGGCUUAUGAUGAUAUUGUUGAUUGCGAUGAAAACCCAUAUCCAGGUUACGUCUACAACAUCAAGAAGUACGUCAGCGUUUAUCCAGGAAGAAAGAAUAUCGAUUACCGCGGUGAGAACGUCACAGCAUGGAACUUCUACAACGUUCUUACAGGCAAGAAGGUUCCAGGCCUUCCAGUUUUACGCUCAACUGAAGAGGAUAACGUUUUCGUCUACUAUAAUGACCACGGCUUCAAGGGCUACCUUUGCGCUCCAGCCGGCGGCCACCAUAUCAAUGGUUGGGAGAUCAAGGAAGUUGUUGAUCUUAUGGAACAGAAAGGAAUGUUCGGAAAGCUCUUCAUCGCCAUUGAAGCUUGCUACUCCGGCUCCGUUUCCAAGCUUUUCAAGGGCAGAGAUAACAUAGCCGUCCUCUCAGCUGCUAACUCCAUCCAGUCCUCAUAUUCCCACGGUUAUGACUACGAAAUCGAAACAUUCCGUACAAACGAGUGGACAAACCACUUACUCCACUUCAUCUUGACCCAUCCAGAGUCCACAAUCGGCGGCCUUGUCAAUUAUACAAGAAUCCACACUUACGGCUCUGAUACCCGCUACUAUGGUGACAAGGACAUGCUUGAAACACCACUCUCCGAGUUCCUCCUCGAAGCCGAGCCAAUGGACAUCAACUACGAGAACGCCGAAAUCGCAACUCCAAUUAAGUCAAGAGUUGACCAGAUGAAGACAGAAGAGACCUUCCUCAAGAAGCGUAUGGAAACAGCUAAGGAUUCCAUCACAGCUGCCAAGUACGCUAAGAAGCUCCAUGAUGAAAUCGCUCGCCACAAGAAGGCCAAGCAGACAAUCUUAGAUAUCGUCCACAAACUCGGAGGACACAACUCUAAGCCAUCCGACGAUAUCAAGAUCAAGGAUUGGGAGUGCUACGGCCGCGCUGUCGAUAAAGCGAUCAAACAAUGCAAGUUCGAGGAAGCUGAAUACACAAAGCUCGGCAAUUUCGCUGAGAUUUGCAAUCACAACACAAAGGAAGAGGUCGCAAAGGUCAUCGACGAGAUGUGCCCAAUUCAUUAA